AUGUCUUCUCGACCUGAAAGUCUUCCCACAGAGCUCUUUGAGAGAAUUUGUGAGACCGUCCUAAAGGAUCAAAAGCGCCUUAACCAAAACGCCACACCAAUGCUCAAUCUGAGCCUGACCAGCAAGAAGUGUCGUUCGCGCGUCACGCGAUACAUCUUUCACGAACUCGUCUUCCAAGGAGAUGCCCAGCCUCUCGCAGGCAGACUCGAAGACUGCGUGCUCACGCUAAAGCGCCUCGAUGUACUCGAUCUUGUCCAAGGAAUCGCAACUCGUCUUUGUGUGAUCGACAACCCAAAAGGAUACUCGAACUUCUCGGCACGUUUCCAAACAUAA